UUCGUCCAUCGUCGACGGCGGCGGCGGCGGCGGCCGGAAGUAAUUGGGUCGGGAUACCCUCUCUUCUGGAGCCGGCGAUGCCGAUUCUCAACUACGUCUCGGUGACGUCCGCCGCGACGCCCGUCUCUCCGGACUCGCAGACGCCUCCCGCGCCGAGCCCUCGGACGACGAAGAUCAUACUCCCCAGGAAGAAGCCGAUGAAGUGGUCCACCGGCGUCGCUCCCGGCGAGUACGGGGGCCCCCCGACGGCGACGAAGCUCCGGAAGUACUGGGGCGGCGAGGGGGAGGAUCCGCUCAGCUCCGACGAGUUCAUUUGGAACAAGGACUUCGUGGGCCGGUUCAAGAGGAUGAUCCAGGAGGAGGACGCCUCUUCUAUCGAGUCGUCGCCGGUGAAGGAAGAGCCUUCUGGCUUUUUGAGCUUAAACAGAGUAAUGAACCUUGACAGUCUCGAAGUUGAUUUGAGCAAAGAGCUUACAAGACCAUUAAAGACAGUGACAAAACAGCCAGUUGUGGGCCCCAUGGAAGACAAAUCUAGUGCUUCACCCAGAUGGAGACUGGUGCCAACACGCCGUGAACAAGAGAAGUGGGAUAGAGCAAGUAAAGCUGCUACUGGGGGAAGUGAUGUCAUGUUCCGCGAGUUGAGGCGACCUCGAGGUGACCCAAAUGUAUUAGCUGCUCAGUCAAGGGAGCAAUACUACAAGUUAAAGAAAAAAUUGCAAGUCCUCACUCUCGGUAUAGGUGGUAUCGGUCUUGUCUCAGCUUAUGUUUCUUAUUCUCCCGAAAUUGCUGCUAGCUUUGGUGCCGGGUUUCUUGGUUCCUUGGUUUACGUAAGGAUGCUUGGGAGCAGUGUGGAUUCCAUGGCAGAUGGUGCUAAGGGGCUGAUGAAAGGUGCAAUUGGACAGCCGAGGCUUCUAGUUCCUGUUGUUUUAGUCAUGAUCUACAAUCGGUGGAAUGGGAUCCUUGUUCCAGAAUACGGAACAAUGCAUUUGGAGUUGAUACCAAUGUUAGUCGGAUUCUUUACCUAUAAAAUUGCUACAUUUGUUCAAGCUAUUGAAGAUUCAGUCAGCACUCUCACGAAAAAUACCGAAGUCCCAGAUGAAUCAUCUUCUUAAGCAGAUCUUACAAAUCCAGAGCUGCUUUUGGGGGCCUUUUCUAUGGAAGUUAACAGAGUUUCCCAGUGACAGAACCUGGUUGGUAGGUUUCGGCUUGACUGCAGUAAUUCUUACGGAAUGAUUAUGAUCGAGCGCCUACCCAAGAAGGAGAGUCAACCGAGCUGCACAGAGCAUGUUGUGACCCAUAACUGCAAAUAAAUCUGUCAUUUAUCUGAUUGCGCGAACUGACUUUUUUCUUGAUGAACCGAUUGUGCAAACUUGAUUGCCCCUUAUGCUAAUGAAAUUUGUUGGAAUUAGCCUGUGGUCUCCAACAUGAAGACACGAA